AGCAGAACCCCGCCCCAUCCCGCUGCUUCGCUCCUCCGCUGCGUGCCAGGGACGUCAGGGGCGGCGCCGCAGCAGUUACCCCUGGUAACGGGGGAGGCAGAAGGAGGAGGAGGCGGAGGCGGAGGAGGAGGAGGGACUCGGCUUGAGGAUGGGCUUGCUCUCUAUUUUGCGCAAAUUGAAAAGUGCACCAGACCAGGAGGUGCGAAUCCUUCUCCUGGGCUUGGACAAUGCCGGCAAGACGACCCUGCUGAAGCAGCUUGCAUCUGAAGACAUCAGCCACAUCACACCUACACAGGGUUUUAACAUCAAAAGUGUACAGUCACAAGGGUUUAAACUGAAUGUAUGGGACAUUGGCGGACAGAGGAAAAUCAGGCCAUACUGGAGGAGCUAUUUUGAAAAUACGGAUAUUCUUAUAUAUGUAAUUGACAGCGCAGACAGAAAAAGAUUUGAAGAGACGGGUCAGGAACUAACGGAAUUACUGGAGGAAGAAAAGCUAAGUUGUGUGCCCGUGCUCAUCUUUGCUAACAAGCAGGACCUACUCACGGCAGCCCCCGCCUCCGAGAUCGCAGAAGGGCUGAAUCUACACACCAUCCGGGACCGGGUCUGGCAGAUCCAGUCCUGCUCAGCUCUCACAGGCGAGGGCGUCCAGGACGUGCAACCAUACUGUGAGGACUGGUCCGUACUGCUCCAGGACGUAGCGUCCCGCCUUGCCACGUGGAUGGCAUGAACUGGGUCUGCAAGAACGUCACCGCGAAGAAGAAAUAGUCUAGAGCCGUGGAGCUGCAGGAGCUGUAGGAGCCGCGUUCGGCCCGAAAAGCACUGGUCUGCUGUUUUCUGACCAAAUGCUUUUUCAUCUGCACAGUCGCCGCUGUGUGACGAGGGGACAAGAGCUUCCGAAGAACCCCUCUCCAGCCGUAGGUUUUAACUGAUCUCCAAGGUUCAGUAUCGUUUUUCAAAUAAAGGAAUUAUAUUAUUUCCUCUGCAUAA